GUCCUCAACCAUCAUGAAGACCGUUGCAACUGACGGAUGUCACCUUAGAAUGAUUAACUUGUUCCCCUAUGUGCACUACUUGUGCUUCCGCGUCCAAUUAUGCUUCCGCGUACGCGCAUUCCGAUGUCGAAAGGUCAAUCUAUGGCGGGCAUAGGGGCUUCGGAUGGGGUCCUCAUCUACACCAGUGCCUUCGACGCGUCAGACAGCCGUGCUACGCCCGCAAACCCUACAGGUUCCCUUUUGGCAAAAUGUCGAGGGACGAUUUGGCAUCCUCAGCUGCCGCUGGACGGCGCGCUGCGUUCUCGCUAACUGGGUCGCUCAAGACACCCCUCGGACGCACAAUCAACACCACAUCAAGUCGCCGUAGCUAUCACAGCACUAUCGCAUCCCCCAACCCCACACGCUAUGAACAGAUCUACACCGCUGUCAUUACCGCCGCCAUCUCGACUCUGAUCACGACCUUCUACUCCCCUAACAUCCUCGCCUACCUUGGCUCUAACCUCUUCGAUGGACUCGUACAUGGGUCGCGCGUAGUCUUCGAUAUCUUGGAGCGCCGUGGUGACCUUGUCCUAUACCUAUACAUCGGCAGACUCAUACUGGAGACCUUCCCGAGGAUCUGUGGCUUCCCGCAGCUGUUCUUUGUCAUACGAAGCGCCCUGACCAGCAACUUCUUCCUCGGCUGCCUGCUCAAGGGGCAACACCUAUGGCCGGGUCUUAUUGGGGAGAAGUCCGCCGCGGACAUGCUCGAGGCGAUCGUGGGGAAGCUGGACCAGAUACGCGGCGCUGCCACUGCUGAGGCCUUCGUGGAUGACCUGUUGCGACCGUUCGUGGGUCCCGCUGUGCUGUCGGCGAUGAAGUUGAUGGAGAAGUGGGAAGCCCAUCCUCUCAACCACGUACCUCCGCCGACUCCUGCGCUCCUUGUCCUCCCGAAUAUGGCAAACUUCCCGCGCGAGCCGCGGCAUGUCGCGGCGUCUGGCCCAGCCUUAGGUUCCAAACGGCGGAGACCGACGCUAAGCGACGAGAACGAGCGCGAUGGAUUGACUAAGCGCGUGCGUACCACGUCCAGCGGCGAAGGUGCAGCGCUGUCCGCAUAUUCCCCCUCCGUCCAAUCCCUGCGCUCCCGCAUCGCGUCGAAGAUCAUCGAACGCGCCAUCCACAUCUUCUCCCACCUGCCUUCGGUCAGCAUCCCCAAGUUCGACUUCGGGUCGUGCGACACCAAAGGUCUACUUCACGGCAAGGUCGAGAAGCAGGUCGGACGGGAUGUUUUGGCGUACAGCCUCGGCGCAUACAUACACGAUCUGGCUGUGGAGGGAAGGCCGGAGACGAGCGUGUGUGCAGUGUCGGUCAUGCUCGAGUCGCUCAUGUCAAAGCCAGUCGUCGACGCCAUCUCCACCACGUUGGGCAUUUCUCCCUCGGAUAACUUCGUCUCCAUCAUCGCGCGGGCGUCGUUGCAUCACUCUGUCGAGGUUGUUCGGGGGGCGAUCCAGAAAGUCUACGAGCCUGUCAUAGUAGAGACGAUGGGAAGUGCGCGUUCGCUAAAUGCGACCUAUACGAGGAAGGAGCCAGCGAACCGCGAUUACUUUCGCCACGUCGUCGCUGGAUUUGAGGCUGGCAUCGACCUCGAGACAUCUGAGGAUGGGAAGGACGCGUCGCCGCUGCACACCGUCUUGCUGGCUGAUCCCGAGAGGGUGUUCUCCAUGUUGUUUGGGGAGGAUCAUCUGAAGGAGAGGGGGCUAAUAUGAAGAGGGCGUUGCGCCGGCUUCGCGAUCGUCGUGUCAGACCUUCACUGUAUCCAACUAGGUAGCAUUGAUGUUGUAUAGUGAACCUAGUAUUGUAUUGAUAGUGUGCAUCAGCGUAGUCUGUGUGAGCGAAGGGUGCUCGUAUUAAUGCGUGGUUGGGC